GUGACAUUUAUCAAGGUCUCAGGAGGAGAACAGGCACUGUGUUUAAAGAGACAAGGAGAAGCCUGAAGAGGGAGUUUGUCUCUGGACCCACAACGAGUGUGACCCAACCAUGCCUGAACCAGCCAAACCUGCAGCUAAAAAGGGAGUUGGCCCAGCCAAGAAAGCGGCAAAGCCAGCAGAGGAACCAAAACCUGCUCCAGCUGAAGAAACAAAAGAAGCUGAACAACCACCUCCAGCUCCACCUGCUGAAGUUCCUCAAUCCUCAGUCCCAGAGGAAACUUCAGAUGAAGCAUCUAAAGAGGAGCAAAGAGAGGACUACUUUGAAGACAUGUCUUCCUAUGAAACUCCGGACGCCGACGUUGAUAUUUCUACCCUGACAGGAUUAUUUGUGAAGAAGCCACAUAAUUUAACAGUGCAGACAGGGAAAGAUUUUAACGUUCAAAUCACUGUAAAUGGUACUCAGCUUACUGCAAAGCCUAUAGUAAAAUGGUUUAAAGGAAAGUGGCUGGAACUGGGAAGCAAAAGUGGGACUAGGUACAAGUUUGAGCAAAGCUACGAUGAAUCCAAAAAGCUUUACUACUUUGGGCUGAAGGUUUUCAAAGCAACCAAGGCUGAUAAUGGCUCUUACAGAUGUGAAGUAAGCUCCCCUGACAACCGUGAAAACUGCACCUUUAAUGUGAAAGUUGAAGAUGCUGGUGAUGAUGGAAACAUUUUACAAGCUUUUAAGAGGACGACCAGUGGGGAAGGCAAACGAAGCAAUGAUGCUGGGGAACUUGAUUUCAGUGCUCUCCUCAAGAAAACUGAGAGAGAAAAGACGGAAAAACAGGAAAAGUUGAAGGACAAGAAAAAAGAAGACGAUGACCCCAUGGCAGGAAUCCCUCCACAUGUCUUGGAAAUAUUGAAGAAUGCUAAACCAAGCGAGUACGAAAAAAUUGCCUUCCAGCAUGGUAUCACUGAUCUCAGAGGAAUGCUGAAACAUCUCAAGAAAAAGAAAGUUCAAGUACAGAAACAGGAUGCUUUUACAAAGAGGCUUGAUAACUGCUACACUGUAGACAAACAUCAGAGGAUUAAAAUCCACGUAGAGGUCUCAAACCCAGAUCUUCCAAUAAAAUGGUUGAAAAAUGGGCAAGUAAUAAAACCCAGUGCAAAAUAUGUGUUUGAGAAUAUUGGUCUGAAAAGAAUACUCACUAUCAAUAAAUGUUCUCUGGCAGACGAUGCAGUCUAUACUUGUGUUGUUGGAGAAGACAGGUCUGAAACAGAGCUCUUUGUUCAAGAGCCUCCAGUGACAAUUGAAAAACCCCUUGAGGACCAACAAGUAUUUGUAGGUGAUAAAGUGGAAUUAGAAGUGGAGGUUUCAGAGGAGGGAGCCCAAGUUACCUGGAUGAAAGACGGUGUUGAACUGACUCGUGAAGAAAUGACCAAGUAUCGUUUCAGAAAAGAUGGUAAAAAACACAUAUUGAUUAUUAAUGAGGCCACUAAGGCAGACACUGGACGGUAUUCAGUGGAAACUAAUGGUGGAACAUGUGAAGCUGACCUUGUAGUAGAAGAUAAGAAGCUAGAAAUCCUGCAGGGAAUUGCUGACUUGACUGUAAAAGCAGCUGAACAAGCUGUGUUCAAGUGUGAAGUUUCUGAUGAAAAAGUCACCGGUAGAUGGCUUAAAAAUGGACUGGAGAUCCGACCAAGCAAACGGAUCACAAUGAGUCACAAGGGAAGAGUCCAUAAAUUGGUGAUUGAUGAUGUCAGACCAGAAGAUGAAGCUGACUACACCUUUGUUCCUGAUGGAUAUGCUUUGUCCCUUUCUGCCAAACUCAACUUCCUUGAGGUCGUAAUUGAAUAUGUUCCACUGGAAGAACCACCCAAAAUCCAUCUUGACUGCUCGGGAGGAACACCUGUGAACACCAUAAUAGUUGUGGCUGGAAACAAGUUACGUUUUGAUGUCCCAAUAACUGGAGAACCUGCACCAACUGUCACUUGGUUUAAGGAAAAUGUGGAGUUUACUGAUAUUGAAGGAAGAGUACAUAUUGAGCCGAAACCUGAUUUAAGUAGCUUUGUCAUAGAUGGAGCAAAGCGAGAAGAUGAGGGCAACUAUAAAAUUGUUGUGACCAAUCCUUCUGGACAAGAUAAUGCUUCACUGUAUGUCAAAGUUGUAGAUAUUCCUGAUCCUCCACAAAAUGUAAAAAUUAUUGCUGUUGGAGAGGACUGGGCAGAUGUUGUUUGGGAUCCUCCAAAAUAUGAUGGUGGGCAAGAAAUCCAAGGAUAUUAUAUAGAAAGAAAGAAGAAAGGCAGUCAGCGUUGGAUGAAGAUGAACUUUGAUGUUUACUCAGACACUAAAUAUCAGUCAACAAAUAUGAUUGAAGGAGUCUUGUAUGAAAUUAGAAUCUAUGCUGUCAAUGCCAUUGGCAUUUCUCAAGAAGCCAAUACCACCAAUCCAUUCAUGCCUAUUGCUCCAACUAGUGAACCUCAACACUUGACGGUUGAGGAUGUUACAGACACGACCUGCACAUUGAAAUGGAGGCCACCAGAUCGUAUCGGCGCUGGAGGAAUUGAUGGUUAUCUCAUUGAGUACUGCAAAGAAGGAUCUGAUGAAUGGGUUGAAGCUAAUACAGAGCUUGUGGAAAGAUGUGGAUACACUGCGAAGGGUCUUCCCACUGGGGAAAAACUUUUCUUCCGAGUACGUUCUGUCAAUAUAGCAGGCAAGAGUGAGCCAGUGACUCUUGGUCAGCCAGUUACAAUUCGGGAGAUUGUGCAGUCACCAAAGAUACGAUUCCCAAGACAACUGAGACAAACCUAUAUUAAAAAAGUUGGAGAACAGGUCAACCUUCUUAUCCCGUUCCAGGGAAAACCCAGACCAAAAGUCACCUGGUCAAAAGAUGGCCAACCACUGGACCCAAGACAAGUCAGUAUCAGAACUUCUGAGUGUGACACCAUUCUCUUUAUACGAUCAUCAGAACGAUCUCAUUCAGGAAAAUAUGAGCUCACUGUGCAAAUUGAGAACAUGGUUGAUUCUGGAACAGUAAGCAUUCGUAUUGUGGAUAAGCCUGGUCCUGCACACGCUGUGAUGGUCAAAGAGGUUUGGGGAUUUAAUGCUCUACUGGAAUGGCAGCAACCCAAGGACAAUGGAAAUUCAGAUAUCACAGGUUACACUAUUCAAAAAGCUGAUAAGAAGACAAUGGAAUGGUUCACUAUAUAUGAGCACAAUCGUCAGCCACGCUGCACAGUCUCUGACCUGAUCAUGGGAAAUGAGUAUUACUUUAGAGUAUACAGUGAGAAUAUUGUUGGCCUAAGCGAUACUCCUGGAGUUUCUAAGAACACAGCCGUCAUAGAGAAAACUGGUUUAAUCUACAAACCUCGCGAUUACAACGAAAUGGAUAUCAAUGAGGCUCCCAAGUUCCUUACUCCUCUGACAGACCGGGUAGUUGUAGCUGGAUAUAGCACAGCCUUGAAUUGUGCUGUAAGAGGUCAUCCAAAGCCUAGAGUUAUCUGGAUGAAAAAUAAAAUGGAGAUUAAAGAUGAUCCCAAAUUCCUCAUGAAACAUAACCAAGGAGUCCUUACUUUGAACAUACGCAAACCAAGUCCUUUUGAUGGUGGAACCUACACUUGCAAAGCCAUCAAUGACUUAGGAGAAGCUGAGGUGGACUGCAAACUAGAAGUUAGAGUUCCCCAAUAAACGGAUCUUGGUCUAUUUGUCAAGGAGUUGCAUACAGGUUAUCUGCCAAGUUUUAACUUCAUAAUCACAAUGAAAAGAAGAAAAAUUGUCUCCACCAUCUCUUCUGAUGUGGUGUCAUGUAUGUUAUAUUAUAGAUAUUGUAUUAAGUGUAUUUUUACCUGAAAACCUGUUGUGACUGGUCAACAAAAUGCUUCUCUGUUCCAACUGGUCAUUAAGGUUUUGUUUCUUGUAGAGAUCGGUUGCUUAGCCUAUUUGCUGCUACCGUAUAACAUAUAUGCAGCAGGUUUGUUUUGAAGCCAUGUUCUGUGUAUCUGUUUGCAUGUCCUUGUACUCAUACCAUACAAUGUUAUAAAGAAAGCGUGCAUGAUAAUUCAGCCAACUAUAAAAUGAUGCUGUAUAAAAUGACUAUGAAUGUAAUAAAAGGAUUAAAUUAAUAGAUUAAUCAGUACGGGAUGUUAUGUAUAUGGUUGACAAAAAACAUCUUCAGGCCAGUCAACUAGGGUAGUAGGCACAUGUUUGAAGGAAGAUGAAAGUGAAUAUUUUUAUGUACUUGUUAUUAGUUAUGAGAAAAUAAUUUGUGAAGUUUGUUGAACUUCCUGUUACUCUACUGAUUUGUGUAAGGUAGGGGUCCUAACAUGCCUACUUUUUGGACUGGGAUGGGAUGAAGAUAGCCAAAGCUUGUCCAAAUGAAAACUUUACUGACACUAACCACUGUACUAUUAUAAGCAGGUCUGUGAAAAAAUUUCACCUAUCAUUUAUACCAUGAAGGCUACCAAGUCCAUCAGCCUCUAGAUGUGUCUAGAUGAGCAUUUCAGGAUGUAACUGUAGAUGGACACUUGAGGAGAAACUAUGCUUUCAAUGGAGGGCCAACCAAUUGUCUCCAAUAAGAGCACAGCUAGUUAAAGAGGGUUGGAACACCUAUUUGCAGGUAUUAGAGAAUUCUAAGCUACAAAGACUGAAUGUUCAUUCAUUAGACAGAGAGGGCAUUGGUUUUUAAAAUAUAUAAGUAUGAUGCUUUGUUUCUUCUGUGAGGAUACUGAAGGGGAAUUGAUAGGUUCCAUCAGAGAUUACAGCUGAUCAUUGGGGGUCAUAGCAGUGGGACAACCUAUGCUCAGAUUAAUUUUAGGAAGCCUUCUAACAAUAAAGUAUUAUCCAAAAAGUACUAAUUUUUCAGUUUGAAAGUUUUAUCAGCUCAAUUGGUACAGGACUAUAGACAUUUGAUGAGAAUAAAAGUUCUGUACUGAAAUAUUGACUGUAGAAGCAUGACAUAAUUAAUUUAUUAAGUGAUUAUUUUUGUUAAGAAGAUUUGGGUGACGUUUUUGUAUUAAAAAUCACUAUAGCAAUACAUAAUGUAGUUGAAGGGAUGACCAUACAGCUUGGCUAAUUGUGGAGACAUUGCAACUAUGAUAAUUAGCCAUUUGUGACUUUUCAUUACAGCUCAAGGUACAGUGAUUACUUCUUCAGUUAACAAUAUGGUAGUAACUGACCACAUUUUAAGUGUUUUGUGUUCAAGAUCAAGACAUUGAAGGACAACAGGGUAAAACGUUUGUGUUUCUUAGACUUGUGUGGAAUAAUGAACACAGUCAACAGUCUAUAAAUGGUAUCUGCAUCCAUGUUAUGAAAUGUAUUCAGUAUUCUUGCAGUUAACUGAAGUGAGCACCUAGGCUUAUUGUAGUUGCACCAUUUAACACUGUUUAGGUGUCAUUGUCCAGUUUUAUAUUGUGUGUUGUGGCAUUAAUCAGUGUAAGAACCAUUGUCUAAUAAUGCAACAUUUUGAACAUAAUGGUGUUUGUUCGCAAUUUUUGUGCUAUCUGGUGAGAAUCAGCAUCUACAAAUGAUAAAGGAAUGGAAACUUUAGCUGAAAUCUUGUUUGCUGUUUCUUGUAUGUAGUAACAAUACCGUUUUAAUUCAGUGUUAUUACUGUUAUCUGUGAAAUAAAAAUGAAGAGAAAUGAAGGC